GCUGACAUGCGGCGCGGCCCGGCUGGCGGCGGCAGAGGCGACCGGAGCAGCAGGCAGCCGAGCAGCGCGAGCGACCGAGCGGUCGGCGGGGGCUGCGGGGCGAGCGGCGUCCCGGCCUCGGACCCCCGGGGGUGGCGGAGGUGCCCGGAGCCAUGGUGAUCAUGUCUGAGUUCAGCGCGGCCCCAGCGGGCGCCGGCCAGGGCCAGCAGAAGCCCCUCCGGGUGGGCUUUUACGACAUUGAGCGGACCCUGGGCAAGGGCAAUUUCGCGGUGGUGAAGCUGGCCCGGCAUCGAGUCACCAAAACGCAGGUUGCAAUAAAAAUAAUCGAUAAAACACGCCUAGAUUCAAGCAAUUUGGAGAAAAUAUACCGUGAGGUUCAGAUCAUGAAGCUUCUGAAUCAUCCUCAUAUCAUAAAGCUUUAUCAGGUUAUGGAAACAAAGGAUAUGCUUUAUAUUGUCACCGAAUUUGCAAAAAAUGGAGAAAUGUUCGAUUACUUGACUUCCAAUGGACACCUAAGCGAGGAUGAAGCACGGAAGAAGUUUUGGCAGAUUCUGUCGGCCGUGGAGUACUGCCACAGCCAUCACAUUGUGCACCGGGACCUCAAGACCGAGAACCUCCUGCUGGAUGGCAACAUGGACAUCAAGCUGGCAGACUUUGGAUUUGGGAAUUUCUACAAGUCAGGAGAGCCUCUGUCCACGUGGUGUGGGAGCCCCCCGUACGCAGCCCCAGAAGUCUUCGAGGGGAAGGAGUACGAAGGCCCCCAGCUGGACAUCUGGAGCCUGGGAGUCGUGCUGUACGUCCUCGUCUGCGGGUCCCUCCCCUUCGACGGGCCCAGCCUGCCAGCUCUGAGGCAGCGGGUGCUGGAGGGCCGGUUCCGCAUCCCCUUCUUCAUGUCUCGAGACUGUGAGACGCUGAUCCGGCGUAUGCUGGUGGUGGAGCCUGGCAAGCGCAUCACCCUGGCCCAGAUCCGGCAGCACCGGUGGAUGCAAGCCCAUCCCUGCCCGCCGCCUGCCUGCCCUGCGCUCAGCUAUAGCUCCAACCUGGGCGACUACGACGAGCAAGUGCUGGGCAUCAUGCAGACCCUCGGCGUGGACCGGCAGAGGACCGUGGAGUCCCUGCAGAACAGCAGCUAUAACCACUUUGCGGCUAUUUAUUACCUCCUCCUGGAGCGGCUGAAGGAGUACCGCAGUCCCCCACAGGCGUCCCGGCCCCGCCUGGCCCGGCCGCAGAGGCCCAGAAGCUCUGAUCACAGCUGCCUGGAGGUGCCUCAGGAAGGCCUCCCCAGUGACGCUUUCCGGUCCUCCCUGCUCUGCCCGCAGCCCCAGACCUUGGGGCAGGUCGAAAUGGACUGUGACCUGCACAGCUCGCUCCAGCCCUUGCUCUUCCCCAUGGAUGCCAACUGCAGUGGAGUGUUCCGGCAUCGCUCGGCCUCCCCCAGCAGCCCGCUGGACACGGCCAUCAGCGAGGAGGUCCGGCCGGGCGCGGAGGCGGAGCGGGAGGCACAGAGGCCCCUGCCCGGCAGUACGGGCCGGAGGCACACGCUGGCCGAGGUCUCCACCCUCUCCCCAUGCGCCACUCCAUGUAUCGUCAUUUCCUCCUCCUCCCCAACGAGUCCUUCCGAAGGCACCAGCUCUGACAGCUGUCUUACCUCAGCGGGCGAUAGCCCUGGGGGGCUCAGUGGACGCUUGGCUGCUCAGGGGCUGGUGGGCACCUGCUCCCCACUCAGACUGGCCUCGCCACUGCUGGGGGCCCAGUCUGCCACCCCAGUGCUGCAGGCUCAGGGGGCCCUGGGAGGAGCCGCCCUACUCCCCGUCAGCUUCCAGGAAGGCCGGAGGGCUUCAGAUACCUCGCUCACUCAAGGCCUGAAAGCCUUUCGGCAGCAGCUGAGGAAGAACGCAAGGACCAAAGGGUUUCUGGGGCUGAACAAGAUCAAGGGGCUGGCUCGCCAGGUGUGCCAGCCGUCCGCCAGCCGGGCCACGCGGGGUGGCCUGAGUGCCUUCCAGCUGCCUGCACAGAGCCUGGGCGUGCACGGCAGUGGGGCUGGCAGCCGCGAGGGCAGAGGCCUGCUGGAAGAGGUGCUGCACCAACAGAGGUUGCUCCAGUUACAGCACCACCCGGCAGGCCUGCCCAGCUGCCCGCAGGCCCCCCAGCCGCCGCCGGCCCCUCUGGUCCUGGCCCCCUGCGACGGUGCCCUCCUUGUGUCAGGACUCCAGAAGGAGCUGGGGCUGGGGCAUUGCUCGCUGCUGCCGCCCCACGUCGUCCAGGCUGGGGUCUCCCCGGUGGCCUCGGCAGCCCAGCUCCUGGACGCCCACCUGCGCAUCAGCACGGCCUCGGUCCCCCUCCCCGCCACCAAGCCCCUGCAGCCACACUUUGCCAUGCUGCCCCCAGGUUUCAGCCCCAUGGGGCUGCCUCAGGGGGACUGCGAGAUGGAGGAUCUGACCGCCGGCCAGCUGGGCACCUUCGUCCUGGUGCAGUGAGGGACAUGGGUCGCUGCCCUCCGCCCCGAAUGGGCCGCGGACUCCUCGAAGCAAUAACCUGAGUAUGUGAAGACGUUUCCGGACUCAAAGCCAAUAACUUCUGAGAAGCAAAACAAGCAAUACGUUGGUGUUUUGGCUUUUUAGUUUAUAUUUGGUUUCAUUUUCUCCUUGCACUGAGGGGCUGCUAACAUGAGUCGGCACUGGACCGUUUCUAAAGAAAAAUAAUGAGGGUGUGUCGUGGCGGGGGAGGGGAGCAGGUGAGCGAUGGAUGAGGCCGGCUCAGCCAAUUGGCUUGGAGCCACUGGUGGCAGGAGGGGCCCAGUGACUCCCUGGUCCACGGGCACGUCAGAUCACGAGCAUUGCAUUGGGCAAAACACGGUGUGAGCCCUGUGCGUGCACACGAGUAGGCAUGUCUCCACCCAUGUGUGUGCGUGUGUGCGCGUUGAGUGGUAUCGUUUUUUUUUUUAGUUAACAGUUAUCCACUUCCGGAAACACUUAGGCUUCAAAUGUAAGCUGUGAACGUUCUGCUUUAUGUAUCAGUUUUUAAAAAGCUCUAAGGCCAGCCCAGGAGAAGAUAAUCUACCAAUUUUCGGACUUCUCUCCCCGAAGUCAGAACCCCCAGGAUCAUUACACCGUCUUUUUUAGAUGAGAAGUUUUAUAAACUGCUCAACAGUUGGUUUCCAGGAUUCUUCGGAAGAACCUCAAAAGGGCGGGCGGGCUGGCUGCGGGGCACUCCAGCCGGGCACUUGCUCAGCCAGAGGAGUUUCCUCCUGCUGCCCGUCUGAUUUCCGCUGCUAAUUAAGUUUUUAUGCAUUUCAUUAUCAGGGUCCAAAAAGAACAGCUGACUGGGGAAUGUGCAAUAUGGAGACCUGGGCCUGGGAGGAGCAGAGGGGAAAGUGUCACACCAGUGGCGGGCCUGCUCCCGCUGGGUGGCAGCCCACGGACAGCCUGACCUUACCCAGGCCCCUGGUUAGGCUUUCGUUCACGGAAGUGAAAUGACAGGUCAGGUCAGUAUUGUUCAAGCUUUGCUCCUUUUUUUUUAAAGCAAAUACUGUAUAUGUAUAUAAAUAGGAGACAAAUAGACACUACUUAUUUUUUAUAUUUUUUACUACACCUUUGUGUUCCCAAUUUAAAUUCCCCUCUGGUAACAUUGCAAGGCGCUGACACCAGGUCCAUAGAGGAGGGAGACAAGGUGCGUCUUUACCUGGCAGGUAGACUCAGGUGGUGGCUCGUGGGUUAGAGGCCCCUGGAGGGAAAGGAGGGUCGUCCCUGCACACCCCUGCACCGGUCAGCACGGCCCUUUACCUCCAGGUGCCUUCCGUUCACUUGGUUCUUACACCCUUCAGUAUUACACAGGUAACCACAGGGGAAAGUGGGCAUUCGUCAAAGCCAAAGAUGGCCCGCUUUUCUGGAGGGUGGGCAGGUGGGCGGCCCCUGCAGCUGCGUUUGCCGAGCUCGCUGCUGCUGUCCCUCCUGCACUGGCUGCUUCAAGGGUUGGGCAAUGGACUGGCCUGGCCGCCUGGCCGCAGGCACCACCAGAGGCUCCCGCUGACUGGUGAGGAAGGUUGGGGCAGAGCGAGGCCGAGCCCCUGCCCACGGAGGCAGCACGCGGCCCACUAGAGCCCGGUCCCCUCUCACACGGCUGUUCUAACGCCAGAGAUCAAAGGCCUCAGAACAUGACAAGCACUUUAUCCUUUCACAGUUUCUUUCUUGUUGCCGUAAGUCCAGUUGUGUGUCUUGUUUUCAGGCGUGCGUGGUGUGUUUCCUGCGUCUCCCCACAGCGCUCUGCUCGGACGGAUGCAAUAGCCUGUUGAGAGGCACUCGCGUCUGAGCUAGGUGUCUGUGGGUGGGCUUUGUUUUUUACUGUAACUGAGUUAAUUAUUUUAUUUCUUAUGUUAACAUGAGAAAUGUACGCCAAAUGAUUAGUGGAUGUCUGUUUUUUAAUUUAAUAUUUAAAUAAAAUAUUGGGGGGAAAAAAAAAACGUCGGCUUUUUCCCUCAGUUCAU